GAGAAGCCAUAUCAUUGUGAUAUUUGUGGUAAAUCAUUCUCUCUAAAUACUGCCUUAACAAAACACAAUCGUACCCAUACAGGAGAGAAACCAUAUCAGUGUGCUAUCUGUGAUAAAUCAUUUGUUGACAGUAGUCAGUUAACUGUACACAAUCGUAUUCAUACAGGACAAAAACCAUAUCAUUGUGACAUUUGUGGUAAAUCAUUCUCUCAGUGUGCUAGCCUAAAAUCCCAUAGAAGUUUUCAUAUGGGAGAGAAACCACAUCAGUGUGAUAUCUGUGGAAAAUCAUUCUGUGGAAGUAGUCAGUUAACUGUACACAAUCGUAUUCAUACAGGAGAGAAA